CCAAAUUCUCGCGAAAGUAAAUUCUUUUUUACGGCCAUUACCAUACAGAGGCGCGCAUUUCUGCGGACUUUCUUCGGUGUAACCUACUUCCGGCAGAAGAACAGGAGGAAGAAUGACGUUCACACCGGGCAAAAGAAGCCCGGGUAUAAUAGAGAGACAAGAUCUUCAGACUGGUUUCCUCGAACGACAUUGUUAUCACAGUGGAAAGAUGCGAAACGAGGUAGGAGAAUGGCUGCCCACCUGCGUAGGUUCACCGAUAUGCAUCCUGCUGUUAUCAUGGUCCCUUCUCAUCUAUCAGAACCAGCCGUCCUCGGCGAAGAGGAAGAUCGACGUGUUCACGGUGGCCAUCCUCUCGCAGAGUUUGGUCCACCAGCUCGGCCUGCUCUUCUACGCCAUACUCACCCUCAUCCGGCCGAGUAAUCACUUCGGAGAAUUUUGCUCGACCCUCGUCUGGAUCCUGAACUCGUCCAGCAUCCUGCAGGAGUUGACCCUCACCUCGAUCGCGAUAUUCACCGCGAUCAACGCGGGCGAGGAAGGCGCCAGCCUCACGAAGAAUCACCUCAAGUAUCAUCUGGUCAGCCUGAGCGUGAUCAGCGCGUGCGUCGGGGUGACGGGUGUCCUCAACUUCGAGCCGGAGCUGUGCGUCUUCUUGGCCCAACAGAUCUCCCCCAAAUACGGGAUAUUCGUCAACUGUCUUCGAUGCCUGUUGAUCGCCGCCACAGCGGUGAGCCUGCUCGUUGCGUUGGUCAGGCGUCUCUGUCGCCCGGCCAAAUCCGAGCUGCUCAAGUCGGUGUCGGAUCUGUCCGAGACGAGCUCGAAGAACUCGUCGGGCGCCUUCGAGUGCCAUCCCCAGCAUUGGGAUCCCUCGAGCGGAUCUUGCACCAGCGGAUCCACCAACAGCAGAGCUUGUUUGCGGAAGAAGAGGGUGCAGAUCGAGGAGACCGGCGGGAGGCCGACCACCUACAGCAUACUAUUCGUCUGUUACGCGUUUCAGUAUCUUCCGAUUUUGGUGAGCGAAAAUUUUUCUUUUUCUUUCUCUCUUUUUUUUUUUUUUUGUUCGAUCGAUGACGAGAGCGCUUACUUCGUAAGAAGCGAGAAUUUCGUAACAAAGUAUCCGCAAAAUCGACGGAUGGAGCCUGUGAAAUUACACGGAUUAUACACGAUUUCACGAAAAAAUUUUCCCCCGCUCGACGUUUCCCUUCCAGGCGGAAUCGACGGCAAGUUUCGCCACUUCGAGCACGAGGCCGAGUACAAACUGCAGUUGAACCUGAACCACGGACUCAAGUUCCCCUUGACUAACGGAAGCCUCUACGGCCGGUUGCACAAUCACCAGAACAGAGGGAAGAGCGGUAUACAACAACAACAACAACAACAACAACAUUAUCCGAGAAUACGAUCCCUGGACGAGGAGAAUAAUUACGCUUCACUCCCCGCAGAACUCUCCUCGUUCGGCUGUUCGAGCUUGGAGCCGCGGCAAGAGGCGGGGGGCGGCACCGUCGUCGAGGGGGCAGCACCGAGGAAGAGCACCACCGUCGUCGAGCGAUCGAACGUUGGUCCAAGGCCGAGCGAGAGCUCGUUCCAACAGCUGGUGGCCGGCGCUCGCCGAAAGAUCGGCAGCACGGACGUGUUCGGCCAGAACAUGGAGAAUCUGGUCCAACUGGACGAUCCAAACGGAGCGAAACGAAAGUUCGCCAAGAGUCUGGACGAGAUCAGGGAAGAGCCCUCGAGGAGGCACGCGAGGAGCGUGCUCGGUUUGGAGCAUUUGAUCCUCGGAUCGGAUGAGAAUCUCGAGGAGGAGAAGGAGGAGGAGGAGCAGCAGCAGCAAUCACGUUGCCCUAGGAUCGCUCUUCGUAGGAAUCAGAGCUUCGAUCACGCUAGAUGCCAAUCGAUAUAUCAUCGGCCGAUUCUCGACUCGAGAACGUACGACUCGAAUAGGCAGGAGGUUCAGAUUGGUAGGAAGGAGCAGGAGAAGGUGCGAAAGGAGGAGGAAGAGCAGGAGGAGGGAGACGGAUACGAGACCUCGGACGACGAGAGCUGCGAUCUCGAGAACGGGGAUUUCGACACGAUGAGCUCGUGCAGGAGUCGCAGCAGGAGCUGCUGUUCCGUCACCACCGUGGCCAAUGAUGAUUUCGAAUAUUUUCAACGUAAGGGAACUAAGGUGGAGUUGCUGCCCUCGAAGAGAAGCGGCGAGGUAAAGGUCAACAUGCGAUCUUUCACGCCGAGGAUCAUCGAGAGCGAGGCGGAGGGGAGGAGGAACGAUCCGGCGGACACGAAGCCGAGCAUACAGUCGUACCACUUGAAGAGGGCGAGAAUAGGGAACGGUUACUCGAUGAACGAUCUGGACAAGUUGACCGUGGAUCGGAAAUCCCGGCCGAAUCUCUCGAUCGAGAGCUUGAAGAGUAUCCUGAGGAAUUCGGACGUGAGUUAUAUGGACAACGGGGACAUAUGCAGGCACGAUAUUGGCGGAUCCGUGCCGGAUUUUAAGAAGAUCUUCGUCACGGAAUUUAUAUAGAUGGAUAGAAUUUUUCACAGAAUUUUUCUUCUUCCUUCGGGAAAGGAAACGGCGAUCGCCAUUCGGGGAAAGAUCGCGAGGGGGAUUGGAGAAAUUUUUUCGGAAGGAAAGAAGAGAAUUGGAAUUGGAGGGGGGAAAAAAAGGAUCGUACAAAGUGUUCACUGUAAUAUAAGCGGAUAUUUUUCCUUUAAGAAGCUAGAGAUAUAUUUUGUAUAGAAGAAAAAAAAAAAAAAAAAGAAAAAAAAGUACAUUUCUGAAACGACGCAUAGAAAUUUGAUACAAGAGCGGAUGGAAAGACUGUGUACAAAGUGUUCUUUCGAAUGAAAUUCGUCUUUUUUCUUUUCUCUUCUUCAGAAAAAUAAGAAGAAGUUGGAUUGUACGGAUUUACCGAAUUGAUUUGACGAGAUGCACACAGAGUUUUUUCUUUCUUUCUUUCUUUCUUUCUUUUUAUAUACUAUAUACACAAGCGGAUCGUUAAGGCUGAAAAGAAGUUUCUUCGUUUGAAAGAAAGCAAAAAUCGAGAAGCCUCGGGGAGAAAUCGCGAGGUAAUCUCCUGCAGUUCCUGAGCACAACCUAAGAUCUAGAAAAUUAUAUAACAGCUACACACGGAAGUAGUCGAAUUGGAAAGUUCGCGAGGAAUGCAAUAAGUCAAAGAAGUUGUUAAUUAAUUCGAUUCCUCGACUUCUCUCGUUCGAUAGCGAGUUCCAUUUUUUCGAGCUUCGAAUCGAGACACGAAAAAAAAUCUUUUUUAGAUCGUCUCUCGAAGAAUCCUUGCACAAACGAACGACAUUUACAUUUAAAGAUUCGUUAAAAAAAAAAAAAAAAAACAAGGAAGAAACACGUUGCGGGAGAAUGGAUGGGAAAGAAAAUCCGAAAAAAAAACCGGUUUAUUUAUAACAGCACGAUAAUAUCGCGUCAUCGCAUCGCACGUUCGUAAUAAAUCGAUAAUACGAUCGAUCGACGUAACGACUCGCUGGGUCUGGAAUCGAAAAUUGCGACGAGGCCAAUUUUUUNUUUUUUUUUUUUUUACGUACGCAGGAUUCUACUACGCUAGAUGAAGAAGAUGCGAACAGCGUAAAAUAUACACUAAAAAUAUAUGGUCGCAUCGAUCGUAAAAUUCCGCGACGAAACGAAAUUUGACAAAAUUCGAUCGCGUCUACGAUUAUCGCGCGUGGAUGGAGAUCGUAUUGUAUAUAUCUUGUACAUUUAUGCGUGUGUGUACGGUACUAUUUAAUUCGUUAAAUAUAUAUACAAUAUAUAUGCGUAUGUGGCAGAGA